AUGUUUGACCAGCUCCCAGACGAUGUCGUCUUGGAGAUCGUCUCUCACCUCAGCACCGCCCGCGAUGUAGCCCGCCUUUCAUCGUCGUGUAAGCACCUGCACUUCCUCCUCAACGAGGACGGCUGGCGCACCUUCGUCAGGACCUGCUUUCCCCUGCAUUCCCUACCCCUAGGCAAGUCUCCCAAAUGGGGCGAGCUGGCAAACACCCUUACGCGCCAGGCGCGCGCAUGGGACAUGAAGGCCUUCCAGACUACAGCCUACACAGAUAACCGUCGCCGGGAUGGCAAUUACUUUACGGGCUUCACCAACGCGGGCCGUCCCUUCCAUCCCGUCAUCGACGCUCGCCUGGUCUUUGACAACAGCUGGGAGCUUGUAACAUGGGGCGCUGGUGAGGAUGUCGUCGGCAGGUUCAGACCACACAACAGCCGCGGAGAGUCCGAUGCGUGGUUCCGUAUGGAGGGCAAGACCAAAGGUUACGAAGCGGGCGUGGGAGAUGUCACCGCCAUCCAUCUGGCCGAGCCAAACGGGAAGUUGGGAAUGCUCGUCGGCAGGGCCAACGGUGAUUUGCAGCUCGUCUCAGCAGCGCCUGGCAGCGCUGGCAAGGCUCUUUCAACUUUCAAGAUCCCUACGCCCACUGGAGGUCUCGAAGCUACUACGUGGACGUCUAUUGGGUCCAUUGAUACCCUGCCGAACCAGACAUCGGUGAUCGCGGGCAACCGCGCCACCAUUAGUCUGUUUUCCCUGGCCGCAGACGAGACCGGGGCCGCUCUCCCGCUAGACUCGCAGACAUUCCAAGUUCCCGGCCAAGGGGGUAGGAAGCAAUUCAUCCACUCAGCCAAGGCCCUCAACAACGACACCAUCGUCUGCGCGCUCUCCAACGACACGGACCCGAUCCGCUACCUCACCGUUACCCCUGCGGGCUUCACACCAAACCUCGCCUCCAAGCACACGUCUCUCCUCGUCUCCCGCGGCAUAGAUGCGGGCAAGAAGCUUACCGCCCGCGUGAUCCAGCCGGUCAACCCAGGUCCCUCGGGCCACACGAACCUCCUCCUCAGCGCCUGGGACGACGGCACUAUCCGCCUCCUUGACAUCCGCACCCCGUCGCCCUUUGACGUCCUCUACCGGGACAUGUACCAGCCCUUCGAGACGCACUCCUCGCUGCUGACCUACGGCUCAGACCACUUCGUCGCGGGCAGCAACGAGCUCGAGGCCCUCAAGGUGUUCGACUUCCGCUGGGCCAAGUCCUACUACCACUCCGCCGCCCUGCCGUGCUGGUCCGGCACGCCAUUCCCGGACCCUCAGCGGGGCACUAGCAGCCGCCCACUGAGCAUGCGCGGUGUCGGGUGCGACCACCCCCGCGGCCGGAAAUGCAUCUGGCACGAGUACUCUCAGCGGGACUACUACCGCCCCAACUACCGCUUCCACGUGCAGCCCUUCAGGGGUGCCGUCCGCUCGACGACGAAUCGCGUCUUCUCGCUGGCCAAGGCCUCGGACGUGUCCGACUCCUUUUACGUCGGGCUCGCGGGCGCCGUGGCCGAGUUCUCUACCACCGUCCCCGGCUACGCGGAGCAAGAUGAGGUUGCGCCGGCUGUGGCCUCCGCCGCCGAGAAGAGGGGCUGGAGCGCGGGGGCUUCGCACUUUAGCUUCGCGGAGACGGGCGACGCGCUGUUGGCGCCCGGAACGUCGAUGAGCCUGUUUAUGCCUCGGCUUACGCAGCGUUUCACUGACGAAGUCGGCGCGCCGCAGUUUCGAGAGUGGUGGAGUAAGACUCCGCCCAAGACCGCGGCGUGGCAUCGAUGGGAUCCCAGUUUCUGGCGGCCUACUCAUUUCACGUUUUGA